UGGUGGAGAGACUCGCAGAAAAGAGAGACGGAAAGAGGGGGAACCUGAGGGAGAGCAAUCGCUAAAACGGAACGGGAAUCCAAGUUUUUACACUUGACCCGUCUUUUUAAGUCUUUGUACGUUUGUUUACCUCGUCGUUUUUUGACUACCGGAGACGAGAUACUGACUUUCGGUGCGUCUGUGAGGGUUUUUUUAAAUUUUAUUUUAUCUUUAACUCUAUCGUACUCGUUUUGUUUUGGAUUAGCUAGCUAACGUUAGCUGUUUUUUUUUCUCCCCCCCCCUCUCUCUCUCUCUCUCUCUCUCUCUCUCUCUCUCCUCCCCUCCUCCUCUCCAACGGCUACUAACGUUAAUCUGAGAAAAAGAAACGGGCGGCGUGGUGGAGAGUUUUCUCACUUCAAAGCAAACGUGUAUGUUUUUUUUUUCUUCUCCUCCUUUCCUCCUCUCUCUCUCUCUCUCUCUCUCUCUCACGGUGGAUGGGAAAAGAAGUAACGUUUUGUUGUUUUUUUUUUUUUACCUCCCAAGUUUUCCCUCCUCCCUCCUCCUCCUCCUCCUCCUCCGCUUUGUUUUCUUUUCUCCCGUUUUGUCGUUUUAUGGGUAUUCAUCCGUUUUGCGGCGGCGUGGCGGCGGCGGUGGUCAGCGGGGGUGAAGGAGUUCAGAGGAAGGUCGUAGUAGGGGGAGAGAAAAGCUGCACGUUUUUCCUGCACGUAGCCGCUCGGAGGAGUUUCCUGGGAUGUGCUCCCAUCUGUCUUAAAAAAAAAGCUGCCGAGGAGAUACCAGCGAACAGGGGGUAAUAUAAAGACCUGUGGACUUCAAAAAAAAGAAAGAAAGAGAGAGAGACAGAGCAGACCCCACUCUGCCGACUCCAGGUCUUGGCUCUGUAUUUUAUCCACAACUUGCUGGAAGGACAAGAAGAGGAAGAGGAGGCUGUGAAAAUACUUUAUUAGUAAUUUGUUGUUGUUGUUUUUUAAAGCGGGUCUUCCCUCAUCGGAGCUGUGCGUUACAGAGAAAUGAGCCCGGGGCCAGUGGACCUCCUUCGGGGACCUCCAAACUAGCCCCUCUCUGCUGUGCGGGAUAUUAUUAUUAUUAAUAAUAAUAAUACUAAUACUGUUAUUUCUCUACUUGAUUCAGUGGAGCACCAAGAUAUUACAGAUGAACGUGGACUGUCGCCUCCACUUAUGGAAAAUGAAGCUCUUUACUCGCACAUGUGUUGCCAGAACCGAAGAUCACGUUAUUUAGUGGUCUGCAUUUUUUCCAGGGCUCACAUACAUCACAAACUUGGCUGGGAAGAUACUCAUAAAUUUAUUACCCAACCCCCCGUAAGCUUGCGGGGGGCAGCCUCGACGCAGUUGGCUUUAUUGGACCUUAAUUUUUGUUGUUGUUGAAUACUUUUUUAAUAUUCCAGCGUUUUUCUUUUUUCUUUUUUUUUAAAUAAACAUUUCUCCCUGAAGAUUGGAGUUUGUUUUUCUUCACAAGAGGAGAGAACAACUUACCUUCAAGUCAAAAUGAGACGGUGGACGCUAAAGCUGCGAGCACAAAUUGUGUUUUUUAUCAUCGGCACCUGCAUUAUAUGCCAGUGUGGACUAAUAAACGGAGAAAUCUGCCAGAGUAAGGACAUCCGGAACAAUGUGACCAACCUCCAGUCGUUGGAGAACUGCACCAUCAUCGAGGGCCACCUUAAGAUUCUGCUCAUGUUUAAGACCAAGACUGAGGACUUCCGGGGUCUCAGCUACCCGAAGCUGCGAGUGGUGACUGACUACGUGCUGCUCUUCAGGGUCUAUGGCCUCGACUCCCUCAGCGAUCUCUUCCCCAACCUGACGGUAAUCCGCGGAAGCAACCUCUUCUUCAACUACGCUCUUGUACUUUACGAGAUGCUGCAGCUGAAGGAGGUGGGCCUCCACAGUCUCAUGAAUAUCACCAGGGGCGCCGUGAGGAUCGAGAAGAAUCCAGACCUGUGUUACCUGGCCACCCUGGACUGGUCCAAGAUCCUGGACUCGGUGGGGGACAACUUCAUCGUGGCCAAUAAGAAUGAGAGAGAGUGUGGAGAUGUGUGUCCCGGCACGGCCCAAGGUCAGACCACCUGCCCGCAGAACACCAUUAACGGACACUUCAGGGGACGGUGCUGGUCACAGAAUCACUGCCAGAGAAUGUGCUUGGACAACUGUAAGCAUAGUGCCUGUAGCCUCCAGGGCCAGUGUUGCCAUGACCAGUGCCUGGGUGGCUGUUCUGAGCCAGGUAAUGCAAGUAGCUGUGUGGCCUGCCGGAACCUCCAACAUGGGAAUACCUGUAUGGAAAAGUGUCCUCCUGGAUUCUAUGUCUUCAGGGGCUGGCGCUGCGUCAGCUUCAACUUCUGCCAGGAGCUCCACAACCAGUGUAAGCAGAGUAAGAAGUUAAACCAGGACCGAGAGUCGGGCUGCUACGAAUAUGUCAUCCACAACGGGGCCUGUAUUCCAGAGUGUCCCUCUGGAUACACCACUAUCAACUCCACUACGUUGACCUGUUUGCCAUGUGCAGGCCUUUGUCCUAAACUGUGCGUGGGAAAUAAGACGAUUGACUCUGUAACUUCAGCGCAGGCUUUGAGAGGCUGCACUGUUCUCCACGGCAACAUGAUCAUCAAGAUUCGAGGAGGGAAUAACAUUGCAGCUGAGUUGGAGGCUAGUUUGGGCCAGAUUGAGGAGAUCACAGGCUACCUGACUGUUCGCAGAGCCUACGCCCUGGUCUCCCUCUCUUUCCUCCGCAAACUACGUGUCAUUAGGGGGGAGCAUCUUGAGGGAGAUAUCUAUGCUUUCUACGCACUGGACAACCAGAACCUGCGUGAGCUGUGGGAUUGGUCCAAGCACAAUCUCACCAUCCAACGUGGUCGUACGUUCUUCCACUACAACUCCAAACUCUGCAUGUCUGAAAUCAGAAAAAUGGAAGAGGUAACGGGAACCAAGGAGCGCAACCAAAAGAAUGACAUCGCUGUACGCACCAACGGGGACCAAGCCUCUUGUGAGACCAAGCUGCUGAAAUUCACAGUGAUCAAGACCACAUCAACUAUGAUAAUGCUGAAGUGGGAGCCCUUCUGGCCUUUAGACUUCAGAGACCUGCUGGGCUUUAUGGUUCUCUACAAAGAGGCGCCAUAUAAGAAUGUGACAGAGUUUGAUGGGCAGGACGCCUGUGGCUCUAACAGCUGGGCGAUUGCCGAUGUUGAUCCUCCAUCUCGUUCCACGGACAGCAAGAAGGCGGAUGAUCCGGGGCACCUGAUCCGACCGUUGAAGCCAUGGACCCAGUACGCCAUUAUGGUCAAAACCCAACUGUCUGCAUCUGACGAGCACCAGGUUCAUGGAGCCAAGAGCGAGAUCAUCUACAUCCGCACCAAUGCCACCAAGCCCUCUGUGCCUCUGGAUCCCAUCUCCUCCUCCAACUCUUCCUCUCAGAUCAUCCUGAAGUGGAAGCCUCCCACCAGCCCCAAUGGCAACAUCACACACUACCGCGUCAUCUGUCGUAAGCAGGCUGAGGACAGCGACCUCUACAAGUUCGACUACUGCCUACAAGGAAUGAAGCUGCCGUCACGUACCCCGACCCACCUGGACAGCGACGAUGAGCAGAAGUGGAACCACACAGAUGAGCCCACCUCGGGGGGAAGGUGCUGCGCCUGCCCCAAGACAGACAGCGAGCUGAAGAAGGAGCAGGAGGAGAUAGAAUACCGCAAGACCUUCGAGAACUAUCUUCACAAUGAAGUGUUUGAGAGCAGACCAUCCCGUCGGCGACGCUCAGUGGGAGUUGCCAACGCCACCCAAACUCUUAAUUUCCUCCUCCCCACAGCCCCCGGUCUGCCAUUUGGCUCCACCACAGCCACUCCUAAAGAUGAGGAUGAAGACGAGGAGGGAUCUAAGGUGGAGCUGAAGGUGUUCUCAAAAGAGUCAACAGUCAUCUCCAACCUGCACCACUUUACCAGUUAUAAGAUAGAGAUCAUAGCCUGCAACCAUCUGACUGACCUCAAACGCUGCAGCAUGGCUACUUAUGUCAGUGCUCGAACUAUGCCAGAGGAGAAAGCAGACCUCAUCCCAGGCCGUGUGACCCAUGAAAUAGUGACAGCCGAGGCUCCCUAUGUGUUGAUUAAAUGGAAUGCGCCUCACUCCCCUAAUGGCCUCAUCAUCCUAUAUGAGGUGUUCUACAAGAAGGUUGGAGACACAGAGGUUCACACAGUUUGUGUGUCACGGCCGGCUUACCUUAAAUCAGGAGGCACGAAGCUUUCGCCCGGACAACCUGGAAACUACAGCGUGAGGGUCCGGGCCACCUCAUUGGCAGGAAAUGGCUCCUUUACAGAAACCACUUACUUCUUCAUGCCCAACCCGGAUCCAGGUUUAAUUUGGAUUGUGAUCGGUCCAGUCAUCUGCUUCAUUCUGCUGCUGUUCGUGGGAGGCGGAGUCUUUGUGAUCUUGAAGAAGAGGCAAACAGAAGGCCCGACCGGACCACUUAUUGCCUCCUCAAACCCAGAGUACCUCAGCGCCAACGAUGUGUAUGUUCCAGACGAGUGGGAGGUGCCCCGGGACAAGAUCACGGUGCUCCGAGAGCUUGGUCAGGGCUCCUUCGGCAUGGUGUAUGAGGGAAUCGCCAAGGACAUCGUCAAAGGAGACCCGGACACACGCGUAGCCGUCAAGACCGUCAACGAAUCAGCCAGCCUGCGCGAGAGGAUUGAGUUCCUCAACGAAGCCUCCGUCAUGAAGGCUUUCAGCUGUCACCACGUGGUCCGUUUGUUAGGUGUGGUGUCCAAAGGUCAGCCCACUCUGGUAGUGAUGGAACUGAUGACCCACGGUGAUCUAAAGAGCUACCUGCGUGGUCUCAGGCCAGACUCUGAGAACAACCCAACAGGCCGUUCACCACCUACGCUGAAGGAGAUGAUCCAGAUGGCUGCAGAAAUUGCAGACGGCAUGGCCUACCUCAAUGCCAAGAAGUUUGUCCACAGAGACCUGGCAGCCAGGAACUGCAUGGUGGCAGAGGACUACACUGUUAAGAUUGGAGACUUUGGUAUGACCAGAGACAUCUACGAGACUGACUACUACCGUAAAGGAGGGAAGGGCCUGCUUCCUGUCAGGUGGAUGGCUCCAGAGUCUCUGAAGGACGGAGUCUUCACUGCCCACUCCGACUGCUGGUCGUUUGGCGUUGUGCUGUGGGAGAUCAGCACGCUAGCAGAGCAGCCUUACCAGGGUUUAUCCAACGAACAGGUUCUAAAGUUUGUCAUGGACGGAGGAUACCUGGACCGGCCAGACAACUGCCCGGAGAGGAUGCAUAGCCUAAUGCAGAUGUGUUGGCAGUACAACCCCAAGAUGCGGCCGAUGUUCCACGAGAUCAUCGAGAUGCUGCGGGAGGACCUGCACCCGUCUUUCCAGGAGGUCUCCUUCUUCUACAGCGAGGAGAACAAAGUCCCAGAGACAGAAGAGUUUGACCUCGACCUGGACAACAUGGAGAGCAUCCCCCUGGACCCGUCUUCAUACUCCCAGAGAGAGGAGAACUUAGGCAGGGACAGCGGGCCCUCAGUGGCCCUCAGGGGGAACUAUGAGGAGCAUGUCCCUUACACACACAUGAACGGUGGCAAGAAAAACGGACGGAUCUUAUCGUUGCCCAGAUCCAGCCCUUCCUAACGUUUCCUGUUUCCUUAAAAGAACUUGUUCAUCCUGUCCCCCUUUCCCUUCCCAUUCUUCUUUUUCUUCCAGUCCAUUUUUUUCUGUAUCGGUCAUGUUCCUCUCAUUUUCUAAUGAUUUUCUUAUUCUUGGGGAAGCCCUUAAAAAAAAAACAACAUACAGAUCUCAGGACUUUUUAUUUUCCUCCUCAUGGCUGCCGAAACACAGGCAAGCAAAGGAUGCAAACACAGUGUAACACUUUUUUAACUUCCUCCACAACACAUCGGACUUUCUAUCACCAUAUUACCUAUCUAUUGUUUUUCACCAUUGCCGCGUUUCCAGGACUCCUUGUGAUGGAAACAGAGAAAAAAGAAAAAAAACUGUGAACACAACAAACCUUAGACAACCAAGAAGGCUGCUUAUGCUCAACCUCCUCAAGACUUGUCCCUCCUCUUCUACCCACCAAUCUGCAUUUCCACAUUUCUGUGCUUUUUUUUUUUUUUUUCUCCCAGUGAAAUCUUGUUACUCAGAUAGUGGCCUUUUUGUAUGUGGCCUAUAAACAAAGAGAAGUGUCUAUCAGCGCUUAUACUAAUUUCCUUUUGAACAAUGACUUAAUCAGUUUGGAACGGUGGGAUGACUUGCAAAGACUUGAUCCUAGAACAAACAUCUAUUCCUAGAGGAAUUUUUGUUUUCUUUUUGUUUUUGUUGUUGUUUUGUUGUUUUUUCCUUCGGUUCUGCAGAAUUCCAAACUACACACAGAUUCAUCGGGUGUUUGGUGAAUAGUUUUUAAUUUAUUUGCUUUUAUUGUUAUUUUCUCUUCUCUUUUCUUCUUUUCUUUCUCAGUUUUAUUUCGGUGUCCUCUCUAUAUGGCUGAAGGAUAUUUAAACAGUUAAGAAUUGGACAAAAGAGUUCCUCAGACUGACCAAUAGCUGCUGCUUUGAUAUAUUUUAGUGGGUAUAGAAAUAUAUAAAUAUAUAUAAUAUAUAUAUAGUAUAUAUGGAAUAUUGGUAUUUUUGUACCAAUAUUUUAUAUAUAAUAUAUGACAUAUUGAUGUUUUUGUAAAUAGUUCAUAUUUGUAAUAUUUUUCAUCAGAAGCUUUGCUAGCAUUUUGUUUUGCCAGGUUUUUUCUUUCUGGGUUUUUUAAUUUUCUUAUUUUUAUAGCCCCAGAAAUCACACUAAUCUACCAUCAGUGCUCUCUGUCUUAGGCCUCCAGUCCCCUCCCCCCCUUUUGAGUACACUCUCUGUCCGUCUGGAUGGGAAAGCCCUGAAAUAUUGUCAACUCACUGCAUAAUUUUUUUAUAAACCUCGUGCCCUCUGACAGCUGUCAAUAUUUGGAGGCAACUUUGCUACAACAACAGGGGGAAACAAUGAAACAAAAAUAAAAAAUAAACGUAAUAACCAAAAAAAAAAGCUUUAUAAAAGGGGGAUGAGGUCUUUUCUAGGUGGAAGUGCACCUGAUGUGUGUUUGUCUCCGUGUCUGCUGUCUCUCUCUGGUCAGAUCACGCCGGAGCUGAGGUCUUCAUGUUAUCCAAGGGUUUAUCAUGUCUUUCACGUGACUGUGCCAGUUGUCCAAGUCGUCGUUAACUGUCAGUUAGGUUAGAGAGUGUCGAGAGCUUGUCCUUGCCUGGUGACAGUACUUCCUUGUGUUAGCGUAACAGUAAUGGCUUUUCAGUUGUGUCUGUGCUGCUUGGAUGAGGGCGAGGUGGGGAAUUAACACCAGCUCUCAGCCAAAUGCAGGUGAAAGAGGUCCUUUUAAAAAAAAAAAAAAAAAUAAAAAUAUUUUUUAUCUUUAGCACUAAAAGCCCUCAUAAUUUACAUCAGAGCACAGUAGCAUCCCCAUGUGACCUGAGAUCUGGCACAGUUCAAGACCCUCAGUGUUAGAUGGAAGGUUUUAUUAAAUUCACACGUUACAAUCUCGUUGUCGUUCUGUUAGGUUGGCUCGGCAGCACGCGCACCUCCUGCACGCUCUCUCCCUCCUCAGUCUUCCUGAGGCUUCCCAUUGGCUGCUGAACUCAUUGCUCAAAAUCAGGCUGUUGGAAAUUUCCACGUUUUGUGGUGGAGGGUUGGAGAGAAGUGCGGAAAGUUCCAACUGUAUUCAGAGUCCACAGCAGGUAGUGGAGAGAGGGGCAGUCUCUCUAUCUUUCAGUGUGUCUGAGAGAGAGAGAGAGAGAGCGAGAGAGAGAGUGUGAGUGAUUGUUAAUCCUAUUAUUCUCUCUGAUAUCACAUGCAGUUAGGCAGUCAGGACACAGUGUGCAGCAGCUAUUUCACUCAGGUCUGACAUUCCAGGAUUUAGUUGGAACUGCUCGUUCCCUCGUCCCCCGUGUUGCUUUGCCUGCUGGCAAAGCCGAUACCAUCACCACACCCUUCAGAUUCAGAAAAAACACAUGAAAGACUUUCUUAUUUUCCUUCUUAAUAAUCGAAUAUCUGAAGUUUGUCCCUCCUGCCGGGAAUCAAAAACAUUCCUGUCAACUGUACCCUCACACAGAGCUACGGAAAAGUUGUUGCUGACACGUCAUUGCGAUCAUUAAUUCAGUAUGACCUUCGUUCGGCCGUCAGAGUUUCACAGCAGAUCCUCGUAUACGCUCGUCUCUCGCUCUCUCACCACAGCGGUUCGAUGACACAGGAGGUGAUAGUCGUCAGACAAGCGUCUUUUUCUUUUCUUUUCUGGACACACAGACUAGUGUGGUUGCCAAUCUUUCUAGCCGAACAGCAUUCAGCACUUACAGUAUAGCCAAAGUGUUGGCAGCUUUCUGCCAACAGUGAGAACCCACAGAAUCAGAGUCAGAGAAAGCAGAGAAGCUGCCUCCAUAUUAUACCAGUGCCUUUUCAAACCCAGAGCCACGUCCAGGCUAGUUAUAUUGGCUAGUGACACACACACACACACACACACACACACACACACACACACACACACACACACACACACACACACACACACACACACACACACAGAGAGAGACACACACACACACACAUAGGCCUCUGUGCUCUCUCUGUAUUUUGUCUCAUGAGGCUGGAGAUGCCUAGAAAUUGAAGCUACAUUUGUGUUUGUAGGGUUAGAACUUUGCUGGAAGAGAAGAAAUAGAAAUCAUCGGGGCAGUUUUUAUUUUUUUUUAUCAUUUCAGCUUGUUGCCAGCGUUAAGGUUUGAACAGUAAUGUUCACCUAGUGCUUUAGCGGUGACACUGUGGAUUGGCCAGAGUCUGUGCUGUUGGAACUCAGAGGCGCCUGAGGAUAUGAUGUAGAUUUUAGCUAAUUAUUCUGAGGAGUUACAAUCUUGGGCUUUUGUACUUUGUAAAUAAUCUGUGACAUAGUUUGGAAGAUAAAAACAGAAAAAAGAUAUAUAAAAAAAUCUGAUGCCCGUCAGUUUUGCGUACAUGACAGAAAAAUGGUGGACCUUAGCUGUGUCACAAUUCCAAACUAUAUACUAAUACUACAUUCUUAUCUUAAUAGUAUGCUGCUUUGGCAGUCAGUACACUUUUUCCAGUACAAACACACUACAUACUCAAAACCCAGUUGAAAAAGUAUGUACUAUGGAAGUGGGACAUAGCUCUUGUCUCCACCUUGACCUAGGUUGCUUAUCUUGUGGUGGUGUUCACACGCAUAUGCAAUUUUUAAUUAAGAUGGUGCCCAUAUCUUUGAAAUACCAGAUAUUUAUUUUAUUAUGAUCAUUGUCAUUGUAUAAGAAGAACACAGUUAGCUUUUUAUUCGAGCAUUUUUAAGGUGUUUGAGAGUGGAGCGAUGUAAAAGCCUAGUUUGUUAUUGUACAGGUGGAGUAGCUGGUGGUGAGCAGCAGGAGUGCUAGUUAGUUAGUUAGUUAGUUAGUUAGUUAGUAAGCAAUUGUUGUCGUCUUUGUGUUUGGCCAGAGUCUACCUCAGUGCAUAUGGAGGAAUCAGUCUAAAGAGCCUAAAUCAUCCCUGUCAGUCACUCAGUAUCCCAUAAUUUCAAAUAAUAUCACUUUAUCAUACAUUACCAACACUGCUGAUGAAUUCCUUUCCCUUGUGGUGCAUUAAACUCCCUCAGCCACCUUGUUUUCUCAGUUUUCUCUUCUUCUUAUUUCCUGGGGGAAGCUGUCAUCGGCCCUUGGCUUGUCACAAAUGUCUUGAUUUUCGAGCUCAUUUCCAGUCAUUGGUGUAGAGUUUAGGAACAAGUAUUAUCCCUGUCCUAUAUUUUUUACUUUUUACUUACUAAAUGUGGAACAUCAGGCAGUAAAUUGACUUUAUGGACAGUAUUUUCUUUUUCAUUGUUGCUAUAGUUUAUAAAAAGUAGACAUAAGAAGCUUCCCCCAGGUGCUGGAAGAAGCGGUGUAGCUUUAUUGUGUGUAUCCCCCUUUUUGAUAUACACUAAUUCUCUGGACUGUAUGUAGUAGAGGCUCUACUGGUUUCUGGGGAUGUGACAUUAGCAUGAGUAAACUGACUCCCAGUGCAUAUCUGUGAUUAUCUACAGCCAAGGCUAACCAAGCUCAGCCCUGGAACCUCAUGCUUUUUUAAAUCACAUCUAGACUAAACCUGUUGUCAGGCAGAAAACCGUACUCUUCUUCUUCAGUCCGUCUCUUUUGUGGUCAAAACAGUUGUUCAAAUCCCACGUCUCCUCCAGUCGUCGGUUUAUUUGUCUGUUUCUCUGUUCUGAAUUUUGUUUUUGUAUGUAUAUUUUUUCUACUGUGAAUAUCAAGAGAUAACCUUUUAUUUUCUGUCAAUGCCAUGGAUUGGGUCUGUUUUGGCUGAUCAGGACACUGAUGUCUGGGCUGGUUAAAAAGUUUUAAAGAGGAGGACCCCCUUCUCUCCUCUGCAAAGGAAAAAAAAAAAAGCUGGACUGGGACAAUCCUGUGUGCCAUAAUAACUAUUAACAGACAUGAAAUCUAGAUUGUAACUUUUCGUCUCAGGGAGGCGGCCUGAUGCUUUGUGGUUGGAAGAUAAAGAGGAGGGAAAAGAGCUACCUACCUACCUUUUAUCUACUCUGACUGAAGCGCAAGUUCUCAGCAGCCUUGCAAAAAGCAAAAUGGAGAUAAUAAGCCCAAGGACACGUUUUCAACAACAAAAACCCAAACAAACAUCUCUCUGCCCUUUUGAAGAUAAUCAGGAAUCCUCCUCUCUCUCUCUCUCUCUCUCUCUCUCUCUCUCUCUCUCUCUCUCUCUCUCUCUCUCUUGCGGUGGUCUGGACUGCCUUCUAGCGGUUGGACGGGAGCGUUGCAGGUUAGGGUGCCGAAGCAAACAGGGCCUCGACCCAUAGUGCCUUGCUCAGACUAACGGCCCACCUGACCUCUCCCACCCAGUCCAAUGAAAACACGGGAAUUAUGUUUAUCUGCAUUCUGUGUUCUUUAGUUGUAACUGCUGAGAAAAAAACAUUCAAACUGCUUGGUCGGAAAAUACUUUAAUUUGGAUUAUAUGACAAAUGAUUUUUACCAAAAAAACAAAAAAAAAAAAGAAAAUGUUGAACUUGUGUCUCUACUCUGCUAAGCUCUGGCUUGCUUUGUGCAUGGAAAAUGAAUUACCAAUACCAGCGGGAUAGCUUGAUAAUUUGAUGCUCACUGAUUUUGCUUCUCAUCAGUCUGGUUUGACAGCGACGCCCCAAAGCACAUGCAAAAGCUCAUGAUUAGCAACAAGUGAUUGCAUUACAAUGGGGGAGUUUCCAUUUGAAAUGCAUCCAGUUGUUCCAUGAUUUUCAAGAAAUGAACUGAUUAAUAAGCCCCACCCCCCACCCCCCCCGGACCCCCCAAAAAUGAAAGCACUUGACUUUAGGGAAGUUUAGGUUUGUUUUGUUGAACUCUGAUGACCUAAAAAGCGGUUGGACAGAGCAUGCUAGUAACACAGCGCAGGGUGAGAACAAAGCAUUGUAUGUAUUUUUUGUUUUGUUUUAAAGAAAAGAAAAAAGUAUUACAUUUUAGAGAUGUUGAUUUCUAUUUUUUUUAGCCAAAGUAUGGAGGGCAAAUACAAUUACUUUUUCUGACUGUAAACUUUUACUACUCUUGUACAUUAUGAAUUUAACAUUGUUAUCAAUGUGUAUAUAACUUUUUUUCUAAAUUUAAAAAGAUAGAUGUUUUUGUUUAGUUUUUUGUUGUUUUUCAUGACACAACCCACUACACAGAAAAGAGCAGAGUCGAGUCUGUCAAUGUAUUUAACAGGAGCAGCACAACUCCAGUCUGAGGGCUUAACCCUGCGUAACAAGACAUAAACAGUAUGUGGCCUGAAACGUUUCGCAACGAACCCUGCUCUUAAUCCAGUGCAUGUUCUGAAUGUUGGCCGACAAGUCGUCAUGCAUUUCAACCACCCCACCCAUCCACAGCAGCAUGUCACCCAUAAAGCCUUUUCUUGUGUCACAAAUAUGUCACGUAUCACAGAUGUUGUUGUAUGAAAUUGUUUCUGACAAGAGACGUGUGUUUAGUUUGCAAAUGUGUUAUUUUUUUUAUUUUUUUUGUCAUGUGAAAAACUGGAAAAGACCACUGCACAUCCUUUUGAAGAAGAGGAAACAUGAGUGAUAAAAUCCUGAAUAAGCUAAAAAAAAAAAAAAGAAGAAAACUUUACUGAUGGUUCAACAACCAUACAUCUUUAAGUUUAGACUGUAAAGCUGAAGGUGUUAAUAGGAAUCGUUACGUUUGGGGGGAAACGGGCUCAUUAGCUUUGUUGCCGAGACUUAGAUGAGGAGAUUGAUACAACUGAAACUGCAGCCAGCGUCCUGUUAGCUUAGCAUAAAGAACAGAAACAAGGGGAAGUGGAUAGCCUGGCUCUGUCCAGCGGUAACAAAAUCCACCUACUGGCACCUGUAAAUCUUAAAUUUUCUUAAAUGUUAACACAUUAUAUGUCAUUUGUAUGUGAUAUGUUAUUUAAUCUGUGGUGUAAAAACAACAAUUUUCUGUUUUAUGGAAGGUUUUGCACUGAUAUAUACACUUGUAUAUCUGUAUGUGGAUUAUUUGCAAGACCAUUUCUUGACUGGGACCAGUAACUUCCGGGAGUUUCCUGGAGUGUUGUUGCCUGGCAACGGGUCCUGGCUAAGAAAUAGUCUUAAACUUUUAAACUUUGAGUUUUUCAUAUAGAUUAAACAAAUGAGAUAUAAGUUAAUAAGUGAGCUCUAGAGGUGUCGGUACGCAGAUGUUGUUAGCCUCCGACAGAGCCAGUCUGUGCUAAGCUAAGCUAACCAGCCGAUGGAUGGAUGUGUAACGGACAUCUCAUCUGACGCUCUGGAAGUGAGUGAACGAGCGUUUUUCCACACAGUGUCGGAACUAUUCCUUUUCAGGAUGCUCAGCAUAAAGGUGAAACACCUUCAGCUAUAAAAUAAUUAAGUACUGUCUGUCAGUAGUGUGAUGAUGACCUGUUCAUAUUUGUGUUAUUGAUUAGGGAGAGAUAUGCCAUUGUUUAAAGAUAGACAGUGGGGGCAUUGCAGGUGUGGUGACCCUGUUUGUUAGAUGACAAAUCUGAGGAAAAAAGCAGCCUCUUCUUAACUUUUUAAGAGUCAUCUGUCGGUCCAGUGGUCUGCUCCAGUUUACACACCAAUACCUUAUAUUUAUCUCUGUCCUGUUCCCUGUGCUGUACGUUGUUUAAAUCAAUGGAGUUUUGUCUGUGUUGUCCUUGGUUGAAGUCUUUACCACAGCUUUCCUCUCCUCCUCUCUGUCUCCUUCGAGUCUCUUUCUCUCCUCAGUGCACAUAGGUGGUCCCCAGAAUGCUGUGUGUAGUCUUGCAGGAUACCUCUUUUUAUUAAUGUCAUUUAUUGCCGAUGAAUAUGCUGAUGUAUUAAUUUUGGGAUAUGUUGUGUAUACAUUAUGUUGAGACAUCGGUGCGUAUGCAGACAGCAGGUGUAUAUGUAUGUGUGUAUGUACAGUCCAAAAAAAACCCCAAACCCCCCCGCAACCCACAGAGAUCGCUUCAUCCCUCACACUGGAUCCAAAUGUGCCAUUAUCUUUAUGUAUCACAUAUAUCAACAUAUUGAACACACACACUCACACAUACACACACAGACAGACAUACAUGCAUAUUGUACAGGAUCAAAAAUGUGCCAUGACUAAAUGAACGCUUGACAAUUUAUUUUUUCUAUGUUUUCAAAGGAGAGCCAAGUAGUGACAUGUACAGAAAAUGUUGCAAUGAUAUGAAAAUAAAAAUCUUGCUGUGUGUAAAUUAUUCAACAAUUAACUGUUUAUAUUAAAAUUAUGAAUAAAAUUAUUGGAGAAUA